AUGAGCCCCCCCGCCGCCGUCUCGCCCCCCCAGCACGUCGCUGAGCUCGCCACCCCGGCGUCCAAGCUCGCCGUCAAGGGCGUCGCCCCCACCAACAAGUCCAGCGUCACCAUUGACGACAUGCUCGGCCAGUGGGACAGCUUCCGGUUCGCGCCCAUCCGCGAGAGCCAGGUGUCGCGGGCCAUGACGCGCCGCUACUUCCAGGACCUCGACACGUACGCCGAGUCGGACAUUGUCAUCAUCGGCGCCGGGUCGUGCGGCCUCAGCGCCGCCUACGUCCUGGGCAAGACGCGCCCGGACCUCAAGAUCGCCAUCAUCGAGGCCUCCGUCUCGCCUGGUGGCGGUGCCUGGCUCGGCGGCCAGCUCUUCUCCGCCAUGGUGAUGCGCAAGCCCGCCGACGCCUUCCUGCGCGAGAUUGGCGUCCCCUACGACGAUGAGGGCAACUACGUCGUUGUCAAGCACGCCGCCCUCUUCACCUCCACCAUCAUGUCGAAGGUCCUCGCCAUGCCCAACAUCAAGCUCUUCAACGCCACCUGCGUCGAGGACCUCAUCACUCGCCAGGCCGAGGCUGAGGGCGAGGGCGUCCGCAUCACCGGUGUCGUCACCAACUGGACCCUCGUGUCCAUGCACCACGACGACCAGUCCUGCAUGGACCCCAACACCAUCAACGCGCCCCUCGUCAUCUCCACCACCGGCCACGACGGCCCAAUGGGCGCCUUCUCCGUCAAGCGCCUCGUCAGCAUGCAGCGCAUCGAGAAGCUCGGCGGCAUGCGUGGCCUGGACAUGAACACGGCCGAGGACGCCAUCGUCAAGGGUACCCGUGAGAUCGUCCCUGGUCUCAUCGUCGGCGGCAUGGAGCUGUCCGAGGUUGACGGCGCCAACCGCAUGGGCCCUACUUUUGGUGCCAUGGCUCUCAGCGGUCUCAAGGCUGCCGAGGAGGCCCUCAAGGUCUGGGACGUCCGCGCCAAGCAGAACGCCCAGUAA